AUGCUUGCUGAUAACCAGUUGCUGCCACCUGAGGCUAAUUUCGAGAUUUACGUAAUCCCAAUGGUAAAUCCUGAUGGAGUUAUCCAUGGAAUGGCGCGGACAAACAUGGCGGGACUCGAUCUUAAUCGUCAUUGGGGUGAAAACAUCCUGAAGGCUCCAAACAACAAAAUAAACGUUUGGCUGGAUUGUGAUCCUGGCUUGGAUGAUAUAUUGGCUAUCAUAUAUGCCGCGCACUGUGAUAGGAUUGACCUCAUCGGCAUCUCCACAUCUCCAGGCAACUCCAGUUUGGAAAACACAACACGCAAUGCUCUCGAUAUGCUUUAUCACAUCGGCCGAUCAGACAUUCAAGUCUACAUGGGAUCGAAUCAGCUCAUCAAUGGCGAUAUGAAGCUGGCUGAUCAUGUUCAUGGAGAGAACGGACUCGGUGGCGUCCACCUAAAGCAAUCUCCCCGCCAAGCAAUCACUGAGCAUGGACUGCAAAAGACUUACGAAAAGAUCAUGAGCACAGAGGGACAAGUGGUUUGGGCAAAUACUGGCAGUCUCACCAACCUUUGCAUUCUUUUGCUGACUUAUCCUAAACUGAAGAGUAAAUUGAAGGAAAUUGUAAUUAUGGGAGGAGCUAUUGGAAAGGGAAAUACCACACCAGCUGCUGAGUUCAACAUAUUUUUUGAUCCUUGUGCUUUCAAAAAUGUUCUAAAGCUAAAAGGCGAUAUUCCUUUGGUAAUGAUUCCAUUGGAAACUACUCACAUUAACAUCGCAGGAGAGGAUGUGUAUGAGCGCUUCAAAGGCUACAGUUCACACCCCUUUGGACUUGCACUCUAUAACACAAUGCUGUGUUACCAGGACUUCUAUAUCACCGUCAACAAGAUUCCUUUCCCGCCAUAUCAUGAUCCACUUACUAUCUUUUACAUUCUGCACCCUGAAGAAUUCGAAGUGCGCCCAGCCAAUGUGGAGGUAGAUACUCACCCUGGAUCCUAUGGAAGAACCAACAUAUAUUUUUCAUACCCAGGUGUGCCGCGAGUUUCAAGCAGUACCCUUGUAACUACCAACCUGCUCAAUGAGAAGACUAAAUUUUGGGACGAAAUGUUAAGGAUUAUGGAUAUGAUCUUUUCUCCAGAGAUGCAGAAGACUAUCGGGAUUGAAUACUGA